GUGCCGAGAAUAUGUGAUUGAUUGAUUUAUAGACGAGGCGUAAUUUAUUGCCAUGAAAAGGUGCAAACGUUGCAAGUUCCUGUGUUUAGUCGCUAUUACAUUUAUCAUUAUAAUUCUGUUUCUAUUUGGAAUUCAAUUUCGUCGCUUCGUACUUCACAUCGAGCUACAGUAAACAACGAAAAAAAAACUAACAGACUAAAACAAGUUACAGAAAUUCAUCCAAAAUGGUCAAAGCCAAAUCGUUCAUCUAUGCCAAGCAUUUUAAGGAUAUGCCACAAGCAAGCAAUUUUGAUCUAAUUGAAGAAGAAUUACCGGAAAUCAAAGAUGAAGAAUUCCUAUGCGAGGCAGUUUUCCUUAGCAUCGAUCCGUACAUGCGAGCCUACGCUUCUAUGCUUCCCGUCGGAAUCACAAUGAUCGGUUCACAAGUUGCCAAAGUUAUAGAUUCAAAGAAUUUGCAAUAUCCAGUUGGAAGCUAUGUUUUGGGUAGCUUUGGUUGGAGGUCGCAUACGAUUUGGGGUCCAAACAAUAAGAAGAAAAGUUCGCUCGAACAAACGCCGUACAUCGUACCAGAUUUGAUACAUCAUCCAAUAUCUUUAUAUUUGGGUAUCCUGGGGAUGACUGGAAACACUGCUUUGUUUGGGUUCUUGGACGUCUGCAAGCCAAUGGCAGGUGAAACCGUUGUAAUAACCGGAGCUGCCGGUGCAGUCGGUAGUCACGUCGGUCAGAUUGCUAAAAUCAAAGGAUGCAGGGUAAUCGGAAUUUCCGGAACCGACGAAAAGGGUGAAUGGUUAAAAAGCAUUGGAUUCGACGAUUACAUCAACUACAAGACAGUAACCAAUUUCAGCGUAAAACUGAAGGAGUUGGCACCGAAUGGCAUCGAUUGCUACUUCGACAAUGUUGGCGGAGAAUUGACUUCAUUGAUCAUGCAGCAGAUGAACAAAUUUGGACGAAUUUCAGUUUGCGGUUCAAUUUCAGCUUAUAAUAAUGAUUACAAUUCCCUUCCUAAAGCAACGAUUUUACAACCCUCAAUUGUUGCCAAUCAACUAACGAUGUCUGGUAUCCAUGCUACUAAUUAUUACGAUCGUUGGAUGAGCGGAAUUAAGCAGAACAAGAUGUGGCUCGAAGAAGGAAAGCUGAUAUAUAAAGAACACGUUGUGGAUGGUUUCGAGAACAUGCCGAAUGCUCUAAUUGGUAUUUUGAAUGGAGUCAAUACAGGAAAAGUUGUUGUCAAAGUAUAGUGUGAUUAAUAGGUAUAAACUUCUUGAUGAUAUAAUUCAACUGUCAAUCACAAGAUAAUUCAAUCUUUAAAUUUAAAUUAAAUCACACAUUAUGAAAUAAUGUAAC